AUGUUUUAUUUAUCGUGUGUAGAUGAUCGGAAAAUCAGAACAGAAAAAUCGAAUGCCUCUUUUCUGAUAGAAUUUGUCCUACUUGGGUUUUCUGAUGUUCCUAGUCUCCAGUGGAUUCUUUUUGGGAUAUUUUUGCUCAUGUACUUGAUGAUUCUGAUGUGCAACAGUAUUAUAAUGCUAAUAACAAGAAUGGACCCUGCUCUGCAGACUCCUAUGUAUUUUUUCCUUAGCAACUUUUCUUUUGUGGAAAUCUGUUACGUAACGGUCACCAUCCCAAGAAUGCUUGUGGAUCUUUGUACCCAAAAAGGAACUAUCUCUAUAUUAGCCUGUGCCACACAAAUGUGUUUCAUUCUUAUGCUUGGAGGCACAGAGUGCCUCCUCCUGACAGCCAUGGCCUACGACCGUUAUGUGGCUAUUUGUAACCCUCUGCACUAUUCUUUAGUCAUGAACCAAAGGACCUGCACCCAGUUGGUUGCUUCCUGCUGGAUCAGUGUCAUACCAGUUGUGAUUGGACAAACAUGGCAGAUUUUCUCAUUGCAUUUUUGUGGCUCUAAUAGAAUUAAUCACUUCAUCUGUGACAUCCCGCCAGUACUAAAACUUGCUUGUGGCAACACAUUUGUGAAUGAGAUAGCAGUCUACGUAGUUGCAAUGGUGUUCGUCAUGGUUCCCUUUGUGCUGAUCAUUUUUUCCUAUUGCAAAAUUAUCUUCAGCAUUCUGAAACUGUCGUCAGCCAAAGGAAGGGCUAAGGCUUUCUCCACCUGCUCCUCUCAUCUGACCAUUGUAGUCUUGUUCUACGGAACAGCUGGUAUCACAUACCUACAACCCAAGCCAAAUCAAUCAGAAACAAUUGGAAAACUCUUGUCUCUUUUUUAUACAAUUUUGAUCCCAACUCUGAAUCCCAUUAUAUACACUCUGAGGAACAAGGACAUCAUGGUGGCUCUGAGGAAACUUUUCAGUAAGUUACUAGUGUGA